CCUCAGCUUUACUGAAUGGUACCGACCCCGCUUAAUUCUUCCCCUCGUUCCCCCCGUCUUCUAGUUACUUCAUUCUCGCUUCUAUCGCAAUAUGUGCCCAGCAUCACUCGCAAACUCCUUGGUUAUACAUCAGAUGACGACAGUCCUUCACCCCUCCACGCGUACGCAAAGCGUGCCGCCGCAAGCACUCGCGGUCCCGAGUUCAUCGUCUUCGCGUGUCUUAUUCCUGUCCUCGUCCUCCUAUCAGGUGUAUUUGCCGGUCUGACAUUGGGUUACAUGAGCUUGGACGAGACCCAGCUUAAUGUGUUGAGCAUGAGUGGCAGCCCUCAACAAAAGCGUUAUGCUGAGAAGAUCAUGCCUAUCAGGAAAAAUGGCCAUUUACUCUUGGUGACAUUACUUCUCGCUAAUAUGAUCGUCAACGAGACUCUACCUGUCAUCUCCGACCCCAUUCUCGGUGGUGGAGUGCAGAGUGUAGUCGUCAGUACCGUCCUAAUUGUCAUCUUCUCCGAAAUCAUUCCGCAAUCAUUAUGCACCCGACAUGGUCUUUACUUCGGCGCUCAAAUGGCAGGCUUCACUCGAGUCCUAAUCUGUCUUCUUGGCGUCUUGGCAUGGCCUGUUGCGAAACUUUUGGAGUUAGUACUUGGUCCCCAUCAUGGAAUUAUGUACCGCAGAGGAGAACUCAAAGAGCUCAUCGCACUGCAUUCGUCAAUGUCUUCCCUUGGUGGUGAUCUCAAGAGUGACACAGUCACCAUUAUUGGCGCCACUCUUGACUUACAAGAGAAGGUCGUGAAGCAGGCGAUGACCCCCAUUGAGAACGUUUUCAUGUUAUCGAUUGACUCGAAACUCGACUAUGCGCUUAUGAAGAAAAUCUGCCUUACCGGACACAGCCGUGUUCCUGUGUAUGAAGAGGUCGAGAUCCCUGCUGAUUCAUCAGAUCGCAUGUUGAAGGUCAAGAAGAUAAUCGGUAUCCUGCUCGUCAAACACUGUCUUCUUCUUGAUCCAAAAGAUGCAGUUCCUUUGCGCAGGAUUCCAUUGAACAAGGUUCCUUUCGUACCAAAUAACGAGUCUCUCCUGGGCAUUCUAGACAAAUUCCAGGAGGGCCGUUCACACAUGGCUAUUGUCUCCCGCUUUAGUGUCGAGAAAGCUGCUUCGGUCAAGAAGGUCGCCAAGCGUUCCCUCACGCAACGCCUGCGCGAACGUGUUGGCAUAGGUGAAUCGAGUGAUGAGGACGACGAUGGUAGAGAGAAGGAUGACACCAAGAACAAAGACGAGGGCGAGGCAUCGCGGGACACAUCCUUUGCCGAUGAACUGGAUGCUGAUGGUAAAUCCACAUUGCGCGGAGACGACAAAGAUUCAGCUAUACAUAUACCCCAACGAGCUGUUCGGGCCGGCCGCGGGCGAGGACGCCCCUCGCAACGCGACAGGGUGAGGUGUGACGUCGAAAUGGGCAUUAUUGAAGAGCAGGCCGCUGGCAAGGAGAAGAAACUCCGUAUACCUCGCUCAGCGCCUGCGUUGGAGCAAAGUAUCCCUGAUGACGCUGUUUUGACGAAAGAAGGUGCCGAGGACUUUUUACAGGUCAUUGACCCGGCAAUAAUGCCACUCGGCAUCAUUACUCUGGAAGAUGUCCUUGAAGAACUUAUUGGUGAAGAAAUCUAUGACGAAUUCGAUCAGGAUGGUGCUGGUGGCACUAUCUCGUCUUACGUCCCAACAGAACACCCACCUCUUUUAGAGGUCCAUGGACAAUCCUUACCUGACCUACACUCCACAGCCGCACAGCCUAUUGAGGCGGUCAAGCCUGCUCUCAUUGGUCCAGUCCUGGGUUCUCUGUCAAUGAAGUCGUUUGGCUUCCGUUCUCGCAGUGAGCCCCCGACACCUCGUGAGACCGACGACGUUUCUACAAAACAACCUGUCUCGAUGGCUUCGGUAUUAUCUCCUAUCAACGAUAGUAUCAAGAAGCAGGUUACACCUGAGGCGGUCUUUUCAGUUACUCAGACCCCAGAAGCUUUGGCAGCGAUGGACGAGCGGCAAGAUAUGCACCAGCCCGCGAAGACAACUAACAAUGCAUCCACUUUGAAGAAGAGAUCUGUCUCUAGUGCUGGGAUCGUUGCUUUUGCUCCCGGUUCUGUCAGCGCCCCUGGUACACGAGCCUCGUCACCAGCACCGUCUCUGGAAGCCAUCCUACUUGAGAGAAAACGUCGUCUUACCCUUGCUAAGGAGUCGGGGAUGAAUACGCCCCCUGUUACUCUACCGAGUGAUAUGCGCUUCCCCCCUACCUUAUCUCGUGUCCCUACGGUCAGCGUCAAGGCAGGGAAAUUUAAGAGCAGUCCCUUGACAGGAGAACGUGGCCGGAUUAUUGUCGCCGAACAAGUCAUGCAAGAUCCGACAAACGUUGCGGACAAGGAACGGAUAAUGGAUGAGGGUGACGACGUCGCUCAUGACAAGAAAGAGGACGACAGCGGUUACUUAUAAUUACAGUUACUGGCGUUGUCUUGCCACUAAUAAUUUCUUGUAUUCUUUUGCAGAGCGUAGGGCAAAGAACGAUGUGUAGGAAUAGUCUUCUGGUUACUUACGUUCGUGUUAGUUCGUGUUCAGUGUAUACCUGUUCUUUACCCCGUGUCGACGUAGAUAACUUUUCCCAUUCUAAGAGACACAUAAUGAAUAAUCGACCUUGUACCUCU